UUAUAUAAACUAAUAUUGAAUGAAAUAUGUGAGCACGACGGAAAAUCACGAAUAGCGAGCUCUACGGUUAUCACUCACCCUCAGGAGUCGAGCACAGAUACUAAAAAGUCUUUGUCGUUUUUUAAGGUCAGUCCAGUCGUCCCCUCCAUAGCUUGGAAAAAGCAACAACCAAACAACUUAAAUUACCCAUUCCUUGUUUGACCCGAUCAAAUACCCCCCAAACCAACAAAAAAAGGAGACAGAUUUUCAAUCUUUAGUUCACACUCUUUUAACACAUAUCUCACUUCAUUUGUCCCUUUUUUUUUUCUUUUUCCUUUAGAACUUUUAAUUUUGUGUUACCAAAAUUCCAAUUAUGCUUUUGAAUAUUCAAACACGACGUAGACUUUGCCUAUUGGGGUCUUCCCUCUGAGUUUCUCUGUGGAAAAGAAGGAUGUUUCCUUGUAGUUUCCAUUACCCUUUUGCCUGUCCUUUGGUCUUCUUCUGUUAAAACUUGAGAAAUCUAAGGUUUAAAUGUCAAAAGAAGUAUGGUUUAGUGGAUUUGGCAUUUAAUAUCUGUUAAGCUUUUAGUAGCUAUACAAGUGGGUUGCUUUUAAUCCACCAUUUUAAGUUUCCAUUUGAGGGGUUUCUUCAUGAUCAUGGUGUUGCAUAGCCGAGUUUUUGUUCUUCUUGUCAGCGUUAUGGUUUUGUUAUUACUCGGCUGUACUUUGAGCUCUGCUACUAAGGAAGAUAUUGAUUGUUUGAAGAGCAUCAAAGCUUCGUUUGAGGACCCUUUGGGCUACUUGAAUUCUUCAUGGAAUUUCAACAACGAUACUGAAGGAUUCAUUUGUAGGUUUACAGGGAUUGAUUGCUGGCACCCGGAUGAGAACAGGGUUCUCAAUAUCAGGCUUUCUGAUAUGGGACUCAAGGGUGUGUUCCCUCGAGACGUUAAAAAAUGCAAAAGUAUGACAGGCUUAGAUCUUUCAAGCAAUAAGCUUUAUGGAAAAAUUCCAUCUGAUAUCGCUACACUAAUCCCAUAUGUCACUUCCCUUGAUCUCUCAUCUAAUAAUUUCUCUGGAGAAAUCCCAAAAAACCUUGCAAAUUGUAGCUUCUUGAACAUUUUGAACCUUGACCAUAACAAAUUGACGGGGCCGAUUCCUCCAGAGCUCACUUUGCUCAACAGGAUGAAAACGUUUACUGUAGCUUAUAAUCUCUUGACAGGGCCAAUUCCGGUUUUUAGGACCACGUAUUCGGUUGACAGUUUUACUAGUAAUCCUGCACUGUGUGGGAAGCCUUUGGAUCCAUGUCGGGAGACUACCAAGGGCACGAAGACUGGAGUGAUUGCUGGGGCCGCUGUUGGUGGGGUGACAUUUGCUGCAAUAGGUACGGCCAUUGUUCUCUUCUUCUAUUACCGCAAAGUAUCUGUCAUGAGGAAGAAGGAUGAUGAUCCAGAUGGAAACAAAUGGACCAAGAGCUUAAAGGGAGCUAAAGGCAUUAAGGUUUCCAUGUUUGAAAAGGUGGUUUCCAGAAUGAGAUUAAAUGAUCUUAUGAAGGCCACAAACAGUUUCCACAAAAAUAAUAUCAUCGGUUCAGGAAGAACAGGGACCAUGUACAUAGGAGUCCUUGAAGAUGGCACCUCACUACUGAUUAAGAGGUUGCAGAAUUCUCAACACUCUGACAAAGAAUUUUCGUCUGAGAUGGCUACCCUGGGAAAUGUGAAACAUCGUAACUUAGUUCCCCUUUUAGGUUUCUGUGUGGCGAAGACGGAGAGGCUGUUAGUUUACAGAUACAUGGCAAAUGGUACUCUAAAUGAUAACUUGCAUCCUGUAGAUGAUGCUAAGCAGGCUAUGGAGUGGUCCUUGAGACUUAAAAUUAGUAUAGGGGCUGCCAGAGGAUUUGCAUGGCUCCACCACAACUGCAAUCCCCGUAUUCUUCAUCGAAAUAUAAGCUCUAAGUGUAUCUUACUAGAUGCAGAUUUUGAGCCCAAAAUAUCUGAUUUUGGUCUUGCCAGGCUCAUGAACCCAGUUGAUACCCAUCUGAGCACCUUUGUCAAUGGUGAGUUUGGGGAUUUAGGUUAUGUUGCCCCUGAAUAUGCAAGAACUCUUGUGGCCACUCCAAAAGGAGAUGUCUACAGCUUUGGAGUCGUCCUUCUUGAGUUGGUCACUGGUGAAAGACCUACCCAUAUAACCAAAGCUCCUGAGACCUUCAAGGGAAGCCUUGUGGAAUGGAUUUCGCAGCUAUCAGAUGAUGGGAAACUUCAUGAUGCUAUUGACACAUCCUUGGUUGGGAACGGUGUUGAUAAUGAACUUUUCCAAUUUCUUAAAGUUGCUUGUAAUUGUGUAUUGCCAACUCCCAAGGAGAGGCCUGCCAUGUUUGAAGUAUACCAGCUCUUAAGAGCUAUCGGUGAACAAUACAAUUUCACUACCGAAGAUGAAAUUUCGAUGCCUUCAGAUACCAAUGAUGUCGGUUAUUUAGAGGAACUUAUAGUUGCUCGAUAAAUCAACAAGAAUAAGUGCAAAGAUAUGGGAUACGGUGAGUAUUUCUUGUUGUUUACGUUUAAUAAAGGGUUGAGAUUACAUGCACUUUCUAAUUAGGUCUGUGUCUUUUGUUUCAUAGUAGAAUACUUGAUUAGUUUCAUGGAGGAAACACUUCAGAUUCAUUACUAAGAUAUUCUUAUCUCCUUAAUUAGGCUUUCACCCUUAGUUACACCAAGGAAAUGCUACAUUGUAAAGUAAGAUCAAUUUAUAAUUAUGGAUUCUUGUUCUUAUUAUUCAUAAAUGUGAUAUUUUCAAGAAA